AUGUUACACCUCUUAGCCUUUUUCAGUCUAUUUGUGACAACAUAUGCAAUAAGUAGAGACGAUUUGCUUGUUGUAUCUAUUGCUACUGAAGAAACGGAUGGUUAUCUACGUUACGAUGUGGUAUUUAUACAAAGUCCUGAAUUUAUACUAGAUAAAUUUCAAACGUUUAAACCAGCACGCGUUGUAUUUGGAGCUGAAGAUUUUUGUUGGCCUAAUCCCGAACUUCAAAAUGAAUAUCCAGAAGUUGAAAGUAACAGAAAACGUUUUCUUAAUUCGGGCGGUUUUAUUGGUUAUGCUAACGAUAUCUACGAACUUAUAACAAGUCAAUCAAUUAAUGACGAUGAAGAUGAUCAAUUAUUUUAUACAAAAAUUUUUCUAAACGAAUUUAGUAGAUCAAAAUGGUCAAUAGUACUUGAUACAGGUGCAGAAAUAUUUUUAAAUCUAAAUGGUGCAAUAGAAGAAAUCAAAUUAGAAGUCAAUGGUGAUGAGGUUUAUAUACAUAACACUCGCACCGAUUCAAUUCCCGCUAUUAUACACGGAAACGGUCCAUCUAAACGUAGUCUUAAUUAUUUAAGUAAUUAUUUGGCUCGAGUAUGGUCGCCAACAUUAGGUUGUUUACAAUGUAAAGAAAAUCUACUCGAUGUUACAUCCUUCGGUGAGGUAACAAAAUGGCCUAUUGUUUAUAUGGCAUUAUUUAUUGAAUAUCCAACACCAUUUUUACGAGAAUAUUUUGAAAAUAUUAUGAAAAUCAAUUAUCCAAAAGAACGCAUAGGUUUAUUUGUUCAUAAUCAGGUGGAUUAUCAUAAAAAUUUGACUGAACAAUUUCUGAGCAAAUUUAAACAAGAAGGAUAUAAGUUUGUUAAAUAUUUGAGUGUUGAUGAUGAUACAACGGAAGCUGAAGCAAGACAACAGGCUAUAAAAGAAUGUCAAGAUGAUAAAUGUGAUUAUUUAUUUGUUGUGGAUUCAGUUGUACAUUUGGAUCAUCCAGAUACACUUAUUCAAUUAAUGACGAUGAACAGAACAGUCAUUGCUCCGAUGAUAACUCGUCCCGGCAAGACCUGGGCAAAUUUUUGGGGUGAUUUUUCAGACGAUGGUUAUUAUAAGCGCUCACCAGACUAUUUGGAAAUAAUCAACCAUGAAAAACUUGGUAUCUUCCAGGUUCCACAUGUGGCUCAUUGUUAUUUAAUCAGCGGUACAUUAUUGCAACGUUUUACUCCACGAUACGACGAUGCAAACAUUGAUCCAGAUGUUAAAUUUAGUAUUUCAAUGCGAGAUUCGGAUUGGAAAGCACGUUAUAUACAUCCAGAUUAUUAUAAACUACUUGAACCAAAUACAACAAUUGAACAGCCAUGUCCUGACACAUACUGGUUUCCCGUUGUGACAAAGGAAUUUUCCCAAAGCUUAAUUGAUAUGAUGGAGGCAUUCGGCGGUUGGUCGGGUAGUUCGCAUACAGAUAAACGUCUAGCUGGAGGCUAUGAAAAUGUUCCAACAGACGAUAUUCAUAUGAAUCAAGUUGGUUUUGAUGAGCAUUGGCUUUUUUUCCUACGUGAUGUUAUACAGCCAAUACAACAAAAACUUUAUACUGGUUAUAAUAGUGAUCCUCCACGAGCUGCAUUGAAUUUUGUUGUUCGUUAUAUGCCAGAAUAUCAAAGUAAAUUGAGACCUCAUCAUGAUGCAUCGACAUAUACAAUUAAUCUUGCCUUAAACGAUGUGGGAAAAGAUUAUGAGGGUGGUGGUUGUCGUUUUAUACGCUAUAAUUGUUCAUUGAGUGCAACAAGACGUGGUUGGACAUUGAUGCAUCCUGGCCGCUUAACUCAUUUACAUGAAGAUGACAUGUUUCAAAAUAUAAAUUAUUCUAUUCUUUAUGGUAUUUUAUUAUUCAUUUAUAUAACCAAUGGCGAUAAUUUUGCUAUUAUCGAUAUUAAUAUUGAUAAUGAUAAUGAAGAUGAUAUAGAAUUAAUUAAAUUGAAAUAUGAAAAAAUUAAACCUUCUGAUACACGUCAUCCAGCAAUUCAAGCAGAUCUUAUCAAUUGUACAUGGUAUAAAUCAGAAGCAUGCUGUAAACGAACCGAAGUAGCAAGUGUAUUUGAAUCCAUGUUUACGUUACAUCAAUGUUCAACAAAAUGUCGAAAUAUGAUUAAUUAUAUGAUGUGUUUUUUUUGUGAUCCAAAUCAAUUUCUAUGGUAUAUUAAACGAAAAGUCAAAGUAUGCGGUUCGUUUUGUAAUCAAUUGCAUAAGGAAUGUAAAAAUGCAGAAUACAAUGGAAAUGUAAUAAGUGUUCAAUAUAAAUCUGGUAAAGAAUUUUGUGAAGCUCAAAAUUUUCAAGUAACAUCGUCGGACUGUUUUGAUUUUGAUGAAAAUGUCUUCUCAAAAACAAUGUCAUUUUUAAAAUUCAAAUCUUAUUUUCUUUUCAUUCUACAAAUAUUAUUUUGUAUUUAUAUAAUAUAA